AUGCGACAAUUCAUCGACCCGCGACUUUUUGGCCGACCAUCGAUAGGACUGGCGCUGUUCGGAUGCAAAAAUCGGCCAUUUUACCAAAUUUGCGUGUUUCCCGAUAAAGCUUUGGGGAGGAGAUACGAGGGAUCGAUUAUUGAACAAGUGGGAUCUUUUGACCCGUUGCCAAAUAACCACAACGAAAAGCUCGUUGCGUUAAAUAUUGGAAGAAUCAAACAUUGGAUUGGCGAAAGAAAGGCGCAUGUAUCGGUGCCCGUUUUGGAAUUACUAGGACUUUCUGGACUUCUCCCGAUUCACCCAAAAACCUACAUCCGAGCGCGGGAGCGAACUUUGGAAAGCCAGACGAAAGAAGUGCAAGAACAACCGAAAGAU